CCCUCUUAUUGCAAUCUCUCUCUCUGUGUGUGUCCCACUUAGUCUUCUCCGUGUUAUGAUGAAAGUCUGACAGAGUGUGGCGUGCUUUGCAAGCUCCGCACAGUUCUUAAACAAACACAGCCAGAGAGAGAGAGAGAGAGAGAUGCAAAAAUAAUCUGUUGGAAAGGCAGCCACAGAGGGGAAGGGAUAAAGACCACGAGAUAUUCCCCAACAUCAAGUCUUCGAGCAAUCCCUCGCAUCUGUUUCUAAUGGACUUUGGACAUAAAACUCUCAUAGGUGAGAGCUGAGGGAGCAUCACCGCUGCUCAGUGCACCGUCCGCUUUCAGGGGACUGCCUGCUAUUUUCAAAACGCUCCCGACCACAGCAACAACAUGGGACUGGGUACUUUCUUUCUCCUGUACUUGCCUUCAAUACUCGGCAAGCUGGACGCUGCGGAGCUCACAGAUUUCACUUACCAACUACCGACUGGAAGCACGGUGGGUGUGAACCCGAAAGGCCAGCGCUGGAAGCGUGGUGCUCCUGUCAAUAUCGACUCCAUCAAAACGUUGGAGACUGAAGGAGACCGCCUGAGCCUGGAUUUAGUUGGGGCCAGCCUUGCCAUUGACACCUUGCCAGACAAUGGAACCCAAAUUGUGGAAGACCACCAUAACUACUACAUAUCCAGAAGCUAUGGGCCGAAUGACUCCAAAACAAAGGAGCUCUGGGUCGACUUUGCGAAGGUGGACAAGAGCAAAGUGAGGGUCCAUGGAAUUCUCUCAAACACACACCGACAAGCUUCAAGAGUGAUUUUGUCCUUCGAUUUCCCUUUCUACGGCCAUUAUUUGCGCCAGAUCACCAUAGCAACAGGAGGUUUUAUAUUCACUGGGGACGUUAUCCACAGGAUGCUGACUGCCACUCAGUACAUAGCCCCACUCAUGGCGAACUUCGAUCCCAGUUACUCCAGGAAUUCCACCAUCAGAUACUUCGAUAAUGGGACUGCAUUUGUCGUCCAAUGGGACAAGGUCUUCCUGCCGGACCUGGAGGACAUUGGAAGUUUCACCUUUCAGGCGAUGUUGUGUCAGGAAGGACGGAUUGUUUUCAGCUACAAGGAUGUUCCAAUAAUUGUGACUCAGAUAAAUUCUGCGGAGCACCCUGUCAAAGUGGGACUGUCUGAUGCCUUCAUGAUAGACCACAAGGCACCGCACGUUCCUGAUGGUCAGAGAAGAAUGAUUUAUGAAUAUCACAGGGUGGAAAUAGACAUGACGAAGAUCAGCAACAGCACAGCUUUGGAGUUCACUCCUGUUUCCAUGUGUCUGCAGCACUUGAGUUGUAAUGCGUGUGUCAACGCUGAGGUUCGAUUUAACUGCAGCUGGUGUGGUGUUCUUCAGAGAUGUUCCAAUGGGUUUGACCGGCACCGACAGGAAUGGCUGGACUAUCACUGCAUGGAGGAGCACAGCGGUGAGCUCUGUGAGGACCAUCCAGAACAUUUCCCAGACGUCUCCUCCACAGCAAACUUUCUAAAUUCAUUGGAAGUUGAAGUUACCACCACCACAUCAGUGCUGCUCUCAAGCAGUCUCACUACGGAAGAUGACACAAAACUCAUUUUUCGUCAGAAGGACAACGAUAUCACAGAUGACAGUCCCUCAGAUAAGAAAGGUCCUCUGCACACCGGUGUGGUAGUGGGCAUUGUCCUGGCAGUUAUUGUCAUCGCUGUCAUUAUUCUGGGCAUCAUCUACAUUAGCAGUCACCCCCUGUCUCCUGCUGCCUUAUUUUUUAUUGAGCGCCGGUCCCAUAGAUGGCCAGCAAUGAAGUUCAGAAACAACACUGGACACCCUACCUACACCGAGGUGGAGCCAAUGGGUCACGACAAAGAGGGAUUUCUGGAAGCUGAACAGUGCUGAAAUCCACGUGGGGUCAAACACUUGGCUGAAUCAAAAGGCCAUGGACUUCCAAGCCAUGACAUGCAGAGCUGUGCCCUAUUCAUUUCUCAGCUACUGUCUAUGGAGGAUUACCUUGCAGACCAGCCCCACACCAAUGAUGGAAACUUGUCACACUGUUAACAGGCAAUUGUAUCCAUGUCAGCAAGAGACAUUUAUUAUAGUAUAUAUGAAGAAGAAUACAUUACAACUGAGUAUAUGUACAUUUAUUUCUUUGAGAAUCAGUUGUGUUCAGAUCCAUAUAUAUAUAUAUAUAUAUAUAAUAUUAUAUAUAAGACUUACCAGGGUAUAGGUGGACCUUAUACAAUGGAGCAUCUUCAUCCACUUUGCUGGGGAAGUGGGUGGAAUUUUAAUUUGAUUUGUAUAAUUUAUAUAGUACAGUGAAUAUAUCAUGUGCCUCAUCUCUCCUUCCCCACCCAGCGACACAGGUUGUGCGCUAUUCUGAUGCAGGUAAUUUGACAAACAAUUCACACACAAGGCAUGACCAGUGCCAACCAGCUCCCCCCACCCAUGUCACUGAAAGUAUCACCUCGCACUGGGCUGCAGUCCACAGACCUGCAGUGCCCCAUCAGUGCUUGUGUUUGAUGCGUGUGCUUAGUGAGUCUGUGGGGUAUUCAAAAACGUUUUGAGAGAAACACAGUUGAAACCAUUCCAGUCUUGCCCAAAAUUCACACAGGCACACUAACAUGUAUGCACACACCCAUAUACUCACCUCCACAAACACACACACGUACGCAUAUAUGCACACGCAUAUAUGCACACACAUGCAUAUUUGCAUCCACACAAUAAGCACACAUUAAUUCCAUGUGUGGAAGCACACAUGCAUUUGUAUACAUACAGACACAUACACAAAUGCAUGUAUAAAUAUACACACAUACUUAAAUGCACAAUAUGCAAUUAAAAGGGGACAUAAAGGGCCAUUUUUCAGCACAGAUCUCUGGGAAUUGAGCAGGAGCAGGGAGCUCCCUGGAUUCCAUGACCUUUCCUGCUGGUCAGAAGGCUCUGUGGCCAAUUGCUGUGCUUUUCUUGCUGCCCUUAGCUGAGAUGAGAUAACAUGCUAGCGUCCCCAAAUUGAAAGUGGGCCCUUCGAUAUAAUCAACAUACCGAUGUACCACGUGAUGCAUUCACCCACAGAACCACUGGGGAAUGUACUUUCAAUUAAUUGUGUAGACGGCCUUCAAUAAGGAACAGCAGAAAAGGCUUGUGAGCAUUCAAGUAGCAUUUGUAAAAUCCGAGUGCAGAUUCCACGCGUCUUGUUAUUGGAGUUGAUCAUUGCUGUAAUUGCCUCAUGUCUCACUUGUUCUUGUGCAAAAUAUAGCUUCAGGAAGUCAUUUUGUAUCUGUCUGUUUUUUUAAAGUACAGUCACUGUUGCUGUGUUGGAAUUUGUAGCAGUCUGCUUAGACAAUGCAAGGUCCUGCAGGUAAUCUGUUCCACAGAUUCUGGUUGAGACCGAUAAAUAUUUAGCUCUGUUCUUUCUUGAAGAAAUACAAUGCGAUCUUUUCUGCCUGCCCGAAAGGACAGAAGAAGCCUCAAAUGGAUGGCUCAUCAAAGACAGCACCUCCAACAGUGCAGCACUCCCAUGGGACUGCCUGGGUGAUAGCACCAGAACUGACAAAAUGCUGACUCACGGGUUACAGUGCUACUCAUUGAGUUCCACUUGACACCCAUUUAAUGCAGUGCUUCUACUCUGGUGAUGCUGAUUCACACUUGUAUUCCAUACACACUCACUACCCCUUUGUUCUCAAGACAAGUACAUAAUUUUUUAAUGACUGAGCUAGACUCUUCAAACAACCCCAAUCGUGCCCUGCAGAGGGGUUUUGGUUACAAAGUGGGAUUUGUGUUGCUUCUGCUGCAUUGUCAAGAGAGGAAGAGAGUGGCUUGGGAAAUCAGAGGAAGUGAGGAAGAGGACAAAACUAGAAGACAAAAUGCUGCAAGUCCCCCUUUUGCCACACACCAUCCUGACUUGGAACUAUAUCCGUGUUCCUUCAGUGUCACUGGGUCAAAUUCCUGGAACUUCUUUCCUUACAGCAUUGUGGAUGCUCCUACACCUCACGGAUCAAAGCUAUUCGAGAAGUCAAUUCAGCACCAGCUUCUUCGGGACUAUUAGGCAAUAAAUGCUGGGCUGGCCAGUGAUGUUCACAUCAUCUGAAUGAACUUUUAGAAAAGCCAGGGCACUCACUACUGUCUACUAUUUCCCCAGUUGGAUAACAAUUUCUGAACCCAAAAUUUUAGUUGGAUUCAGGACUCCUCCCAACUGCAAGUAAAGUGAUACAGAAAUAACAUUUCUCACAUUAACUGCUCCCCUCUCUGAAUCUUUGGCAGACCUGGUUUGACAGGGAGAUAAAGACUCAAUUGAAUUGUGAUGUGGUACAGUUGCUCUUAAUAGUAAUGUAGUCAGAUAUGUUGAUGUGAUACCCACUGCCAACAAACAGAACUGAGACAAACUCAACUCCCUGCUGUCAGAUUGAGUCUCUGUUUUACAACAUCUGCAUUUGUCAUACUGACAUCAAUUCUGAUUCUGUACCCUGGAGCCCCAUUCAUACUUAUUCAAGGUCAGUCAUGUUUUACCAUUGUCUGUAUGUUUUGAAUCUCCUUUUUAAUAUUAAUAUUAGAAAUGAAAAGGACAGCUUUCUAACACAGUCCCAAUUUAUACAUAACUACAGAAUCAUGCAGCACUGAAGGAUGCCAUUUGGCCCAUCCAAGACAAUUCUGAAAUA